AUGGCGAGCCUACCGCCCGAACGAGACAGCGUAGUCUCGGGCGAGCAGAUGGAGCGGAAGUAUGACUCUGUCGAGCCCAAUUGGGAGGAGAAUGAGCCGCCAAGCUUUCAGAGAGCGGCGGACGACAGCCUAGACGAGUCUACACAGCCACUCACAGGCGAUACCGGUCGUGAACGGCUGCUAUCUCGCGUUGAUCUAGAAGCUCAGCCCAAUGGCACCGAUCUUCACGAGAAAGGCUUGAGAGCUGACGGAGCCAAAUCCGAGUAUGUGCUGCCUACGACGUUUGUCAACGCGCCAAGGAGGAAGCCGCCUGGGACAGCGCUGAUUAUCGCUUUCCUGCUUGUCCUAUUUGGGAUUGGCUACCUCAUCGCUGCUGGCGUCACGACUUUCACUCGCUAUGGACAUACGUUGAAAGUCAACGUGAUACUCAUGAUCUCGGAUGGCUUUGGCGUGACGAGCGAGACGUUUGCGCGGGAAUACUUGCAAUACCUCAAAGAUAUCGAGCAUCCCUCUGCCGUCUCAGGCGGCCGCUGGGACUUCCCAGAGGGAUUCAAGGGCGUCGACGAGUUGAACUCAUUCGGCGGAUCGCCCAAGCAAAGAUCGUUUGGUAUCUUGCCGCUCGACCAGAUCCUUGUAGGCGCAAGUCGUACGCGAUCUGCCGAUUCGCUCGUGACCGACUCGGCAGCGGGCGCAACAGCUUUCGCGUGCGGCCUCAAGACAUUCAACGGCGCAAUCGGCGUGGAGCCUACCGAGCGCUUACCCUGCGGCACCGUCCUCGAAGCCGCAAAACAUAGAGGGUAUCUGACCGGCCUCGUCGUCACGAGCCGGAUCACACACGCCACACCUGCGACUUUCUACGCGCACGUUGCAGACAGAGACGCAGAAUCUCGCAUUGCAGACUUUCUCGUUGGCGAUCACCCGCUGGGCAUGCAAGUUGACUAUGCGCUAGGCGGUGGUCUAUGUUUCUUCCUACCGAAUACAACAGCUGGGUCAUGUAGGAAUGAUGAUCAGGAUAUGCUUGCAAAGGGCCGCAAAAACUCGCGCAAGUUCAUCUUCAACGCCACGGAUCUGCGAGCGCAAAGCUCGACAGCCGACUCACUCAACACCGUUGGGCUAUUCAACAGCGAUCACAUGGACUACGAAGUCGACAGGGAAUCUCGCGACGAGAGUACUAGAGAACCCUCGCUCGUCGAGAUGGCGAGCAAAGCGAUCGAUACGCUCUCUGCUGCCGCCGCGCGGAAAUCUGCCCAUGGCUACUUCCUCAUGAUCGAAGGUUCUCGAAUAGAUCACGCCGGACAUAGCAAUGAUCCUAUUGCGCACGUAUACGACAUCUUGGCGUAUCAAGAGACAGUCCGUACAGUGAAGCAAUAUGUCGACAAGCAGAACGAAGCAGGCUGGCCAACUGUCAUGGUCAGCGUCAGCGAUCACGAAACGGGCGGUCUGUCCCUCGCAAGGCAGCUUUCGGAUGCGUAUCCAGAAUAUGCGUAUUACCCGGACGCUUUGCUCGGUGCGACCCAUUCGACCAUUUACCUUGCCCAAGAGCUGGCAAAGCAAUCACCGGCUUCGAGAGAUUAUGUCUCUUCCACCAUCUUUGCGGAGGGUUUGAAUAUCACAGAUUACACAGAAGCUGAGAUGUCGACCGUGCUGGACGAAUACAGCAAUGUCGCCAGGAUGGACAACCAUCUCGCUGACAUGGUCUCGAGGCGAGCGCAGAUGGGAUGGGCGACACAUGGACAUUCCGGCAUGGACGUCAAUCUGUACGCGUAUGGCUACCAAUCUACCAAGCUACGGGGGAACAUCGAAAACACAGAGAUUGGCAAAUUCAUUAUAGACCUCAUGCAGAUCGAUGUGCCCCAGAUCACCAAAGAUCUCACGCGGAACGUCAAACAAUGGUACUCGCCGCACACAGAUAAGCACGCAGACGAACAUGGUCUCGUCGGCGUUGCUCAUUACCACCACGAGUUCUGA